AUUGUUGAUGUUCGUCGUAAUACUGAAAAAAUAUCCCAAACCAUUCGCGUCUGUUGAAAACGGCAGCGAUGCACUCGUGACAUUAAAUGAAACUGUUUUCCCUGUAAAUAUUCAGAAAGGUUUAUAGAUGGCACCACAUGUCUAAGUGAGAUUCGCUUCUGGUUCUAUUUUGGUGAAAAAUUUCAAGUUAUCAUCAUCGUGAAAGCUGCAGUUAGUUUUGCUGUUGAUAUUUAUCGUUGAGGGAGGAAAAAAGAGUUAAUUAUCUUUGAUUAUGGAUGACGAUGAUGUUUUUGAUAAUGAUGAUGAUCUGACUGAAGCAUUUAAACGAGCUACUGACUUCGUAACAUAUAAUGCGUCUGUUAUGCAACAAGAUGAUUUAUUGUAUCUUUACGGUCGGUACAAGCAAGCAAAUUUUGGAGCUUGCAAUGAACCAAUGCCGGGUAUUUUAAAAUUCAGAAAUCGGAGCAAAUGGUCAGCUUGGAACAAGCUGGGAAAUAUGUCGAAAGAAGAUGCAAUGAAAGAAUAUAUUGACAGAGUAACCCUUUUAAGUCCUGAAUGGGAUUCAGCUAAUACGGUAGACAAAUCAGAGAAAAAACAUUAUGGUCCUGUAAACAGUACGCAUUUAAGAACUGAUCCGGAGUUGAAAGAAGAAUCAAAAACAAUCUUUGAUUUUGUAAAAGAAGGAAACUUAAAUAAACUUGAGCUUUUGUUUUCAUCGAAUCCUGAGCUGAGAGACAAAACUGACGAAGAUGGUUUAUCUCUCUUACAUUGGGCUUGUGACCGUGGAUAUUCGGAUAUUGCUAAGUUUUUGAUUUCUGCAGGUGCAGAAGUUAAUUGUCAGGAUAAAGACGGGCAGACGCCUUUGCAUUAUGCUUCCUCAUGUGGGCAUGAGAAUGUUAUUAAACUGCUAAUGCAAAAUGGUGCUAAAGUUAAUAUUUAUGAUUCUGAUGGUUUGACAGCUUCUGAUGUUGCUUACAACACAUCUGUGAAAGACCUUGUAAAUAUUAAUUCUGUUUAACUUCACUAGUGCAUCAAAGAAUUCAAUGAAAAACACUAUGCAGUUACAAAAAGGUUUUUCAUGUGUUGUUAGCUGAUCCAAGUAAACCUUAAAAAUAUUUGGUUAAAUCAAGCUGUGAUUUUAUGGAUAGUGGUACAAUGUUAUGUAUUUUUUAAUUCCUUACGGGAUAUUAAUACUUGAUUAGUUUGUAAUUACGAAUCUGCAGUUUUGUGUUAACUUUUCAGCAUUCCCAUUUAUGUUGAAAGAUAUUUCUGAAUAAGCUUUGGAAAUCUAUGUAAAAUCAAAAGUUAAUUUAUUAAUUGAGCUUCUAGAUUUUAAUUUUUAUUAUAUGAAAUUGUAUGAUUGGGUAUUAUUUGUUUCGGGUUGUAAUUUUUUUAAAAUUGGGGAAUAUUUUGAUAUUAAUAUGCUAUUACUGAUUUUGUUUCUGGGAUGAGCCUUUUUAAAAACGUGAGGAAAUUAGGAAAAAAGCAACCUUAGGUUGUGUAGGUAUGGAAACAUCCCCUGGAAUAAAACUAUUGAUUUUAAGAGUGAUCAGACACAGAUCAUUUUCCUUCAAGUGCAAAAAGAAAAGGAAUCUAUAGCUGAUCAAUCUUGAGAUUAGUACUUUUAUUUAAAAUUUUAUCCCAACAUAUUUUUGACUAAUUUAAAAUUGUACAUGGACAUGUUUCUCUUAAAAUUUGAUCAGAGAAAAUAUCAAAAAAAUUUAUAUCUUGCUAAAACCAUGCAGACAGAUAUUAUAGCUUUUUAUUUGUUUAUUUGAAGGAGAAAGGAUGUCUUGUCAGAUUUAUUAAUUUGGAUAUUUUAUAAAAAUAUCAUUAAUGACAUUUUUACAGUAAUUUCAGCAAAUUGCAACCUUAUGGCAAGUACAGCUGUAGAUGGCAUUUAUUUAUAAUUUCAUUUUAUGGAAGAAAACAGAUAGUGUCCUGCAUUUUUAAUUUUUUUAUGUAGUCACAAGAAAGAACACAUAAUUUAUAGUUGAAUCAACUGAGGUUUAAUUUAUUGUUUAGUGCAUUUAUUAGAACUUGCAGAGAAAUUAACAACUUUAUAAAUUCAGUUACUCACUAAAAUAAAAUAGCUUUUGUUCCCGAUUUCAUGCUCUAUGGAUGUGUUUCUAUCUAUAAUAAAUAGACCAGAAACACUAGUGUAUAUUGCUGCCAGUUGACUCACAUCAAAUCAUCACCAUUAUAAAUGUGGUUUGCGUAUGAGAAAUUUAAUCAUUAAAAUAUUGUUUUCUGUAUUUCUUGAUAACAUUUUGAGUUAAUAUUAUUUUAUGCUGUGAGGAUGGUGUUUUUUUUUUAAUAUUUACAUCUUUGCUUAUGUUUUCUGAAAGGCUGCUCUUUUUCAGAGAUGGUCACCAUGAGAUGAUUCAUUAUAUGUUUCUAAUGCUGUGUAAUAUAUUUGCUGCAAGAUUUUUGUUACUGCAACUUCUUUAAAUUAUUUCUUGUCAAUGACAGAACUAAAACUAAUUGCUGAUGAUAAAAGAUUUUUUUUAUUUUUCUCAUUUAUUCCAUUUUAUGUGUGGAAACAAAAUGCUAAAAAGAUAAAACUGGAAAACUGAAAUAUUUCUAUUAUUAAAUUUUGUUUUAAGUACUUUU